GCCAUUGAAUUCAAUUUCAACGAUAAAAACAUUAAUUUCUGAAUCAAAUUCUGCAGUAAAUAUUGUGAAAAAUAAAAGACAACAAUUUAUUGAACAACCUAUCAUCAUUAAUGAAGAAAUGUUUUCAACACAUCAACGAAUUUUGGGCCGAAAUCUUAACGGUACAAUUGCAAUGACCACACAACCAUCGAAUGAAUCCGAAUUACAAUUGUAUCGUGUAUUACAACGUGCCAAUCUGCUUGCAUAUUAUGAUACAUUUAUUUGUCAAGGUGGUGAUGAUGUACAACAAUUAUAUGAAGCAGGUGAAGAAGAAUUUCUUGAAAUAAUGGCAUUAGUCGGUAUGGCUGCUAAACCAUUACAUGUACGACGUUUACAGAAAGCAUUACAUGAAUGGGCUACUAAUCCAGCUCUAUUCCAAUCACCAUUGGUGCCAUCAUUUCAUUCGAAUAAUAAUAAUAAUACAAACAAUAUGGCUCCUUCAUCAUCGAUUGUACAACCAUCGAUUACUGGACAAUCAAAUACAUCGGCGGCUAUUUCAACAAGAACAUUGAACAAUGGUCCGAAUGGUCAAUCACAACCACAACCACAACAACAACCACCACCACCACCAUCAUCAUCAUCAUCAUCAUCAACAACAACAAUUAACAAUGCUCAAUCAAUAUCAUCACCAAAUGCACAUCGAAAUCAUAAUAAUAAUAGUCCAGCUGCAAAUGGAUCAUCAUUUCAAACUAGAUCCACUACAGGUAAUCAAUCGACAACACCAUCUCCAAGUCAAUUUCAGAACACUGAAUAUAGUCAACCAUGUAGUCCAAGUUCAAUGACGCCCAUAUUGAUGGAAAGACAAAUACGACGACUAGCUGAAGCUGCCGAACAAUUGGUAAAGAAUUUACCGGCAUCCAUUUUGGAUCUAAAACCAACGAUUGGUAAUAAUACCAAUGGCAAUAAGAAACGUAUUGUCAAAGAAAUUGAGAACAUAAUGUCAAUGUCAGAUGAUGAUCCACGUCGUAUAGAUGAAAUACGACGUUAUGCAGCUAUUUAUGGCCGUUUUGAUUGUAAACGUAAACCGGAAAAACCAUUAACAUUACAUGAAGUAUCGGUGAAUGAAGCUGCUGCACAGAUUUGUAGUAAAAUACCGCAACUACUUUAUCGUCGUGAUGAAUUAUUUCCAUUGGCUAGACAGGUUGUACGUGAUAGUGGUUAUCAAUAUUCAAAAGGACAUUCCAGAUCACAAAGUUGUCGUAUUGGUGAAGAUCCAUCAAGCACAGGAAAUACUAUCGGUAGCAUUAAACGUAUUCGUCUUGAUAAUAAUGGUAAUAAUGGCGGUAGUAGUAAUAGUAGUAGAUCUAGUCCAGCACAAGGACAACAACAACAACAACAGCAGCAGCAUCAGCAGCAACAAGAAUCAAAAAAUAUGUCCAAAGAAUAUGAAGAAGAUCGUAAACGUCGACAUAAUCGUUUGGAAGGAAUUGUUGAUCAAUUAAAAUCAUUGGGCAAUCAACAGGAAAAAAUACAAAGCCAAAUUAAAGAAGCAAAUGAUAGACAAAAUUUUCAACAAGUAAAUGAAUUACAAAAUGAAUUGGAAAUGAUAAAUGAUCAUCAAAUGCAAUUGGUAAAUGAAAAAAGUGAAUUAGAACAACAACAACAAAAACAAAAUGAAACAAAACAACAACAACAACAGGAUACAAGUCAAGAUGGACAAAAAUGUAAUCGAAAUAAUUCAAAACAAUCAAUGACAGAAAUGAUUGAAACGAAAACUGAAACUGAUGAUACAGAUUCACAAUUUUCAUUAUAUUCAAAUGAAUCAAUGCCAUCAUCAUUGUUACAUGAAUCACGUGGCCAUGAUGAUUCACCAUCAUUAUCAAAUGAUAAUUUGGCCACAAACAGCAACAACAACAACAACAACACCAUUAAUGAUGAUAGUACAGAUGUUGCCGCUUCGAAUAACGAAAAAAUAGCCAAUAGAAAGAAAACAAAUGGUUUGCAAACAACAACAACAACAACAACACCAUCAUCAGCAUCAAUGAUGAUCAAUGCGAAUAGUAAUGAUUCGAUGGAUUUUGGUAAACAACUUAACGAUGUUAUUGAUGAAGGAUUACGAUUAAUGGGCCAUGUAAUUGAUGAAAAUAUUGAUUUACGAUUAUUUAAUAAAUAUACUGAAGUAUUACGUAAUAAUAAUAAUAAUAAUAAUGGUCAAUCAUCAUCAUCAUCAUAUGAUAUUAAUAAUUGUAAUAAUUAUCGUUCACCAAAAAAUGAACAACCGAUUGGUGUAACAACACCGCCACCGCAACCACCACCAAUAAUGACAUCUACACCACAUAAUUCAAUUCAUAAUCAUCCGCAUCAUCAACAACAACAACAACAACAUCAUCGACAGCGAGGAAGACCACCGAAAAAUACGCAUCCAUCAAUGAAUACAACGACAACAAAUUCGAUGAAUGAACGUAUAGAUUUAUCCAAUACAUUCUAUGAACAAUUAUUAUCACAGGCACAGAUACAACAACAAAUGCAAUUAUAUCAACAAAGUCUUUAUGCUCAAGCAUUGUUUGGUGAUUUUAAUAAUUCGGCUACUACAUUAUCGAAUACAACCGAUAAUGUUUCCACCACCACAUUGAUGGCUGAUCAAAGUAAAACCGAUCAUCAUGCUCAUCAUCAUCAUAAUGAUGAUAAUAAUAAUGGUAAAAAUAAUUUAAUCGAUAAUAUACAAAUUGAUCGAGAUGAAAUUGUACAAAGUUUGAAUGCAUUAAUUUCAAUAUCAAGUAAUGGAAUUGGUCAUCAUCAACAUCAUCAUCAUCAUCAUCGACAACAAACAUUAUCAUCAACGAUAGAUGGAGCCUUGAGCUCGACACAAUCAUCAAAUUCGAAUCAUCCAACAACAACAACAACUUCAUCAUCAUCAUCAUCAUCGUCGUCGUCGUCGUCGUCGUCAGUAGAAUUUAAGCUAUCAUAA